UAUCAAUUAAGUGGAUUGUAGAUGGUUGUUCUGUUCUAGAGACCAACAGCAGCUACACUGUGUGUUCAUGUGUUCAUCUGUCGACAUUCGCUCUCAUCAUGCAAACUAUCUGCCCACCAGAGGUGCAAAAAAGCGACCCAUUGCUGGAGCUGUUGAAUUUGGUGUGUGUGAUCGUGGGACUGGUGUUCUUCACUUUAGCCCUGUUGACCUUUGCCCUUUGUCAGUGGAGCCCUGGAGUGAAUAAUGUGGCUCGAAUCAACAUCUGCAUCAGUCUUCUACUGGCUCACCUUCUGUUCCUGCUCACACAGCAGUUCCUGAGUCUCAUACAGCAUCAGCAGGUGCUGUGUACCGUGAUCUCAGGCCUUCUGCACUUCCUUUUUCUCUCAGGCUUUGUGUGGAUGUUCAUUGAAGCUGUGCUGCUCUUCAUCUGUGUGAAGAACCUAUCACAGAUCAGCUCCAUUAAUAGAAAGGUUCUUAGCAGUGGAUUCCUGUGUGUGCUUGGAUAUGUGGUUGCUCUGGCUGUGGUGGCCGUGUCUGUUGUGGUGGAUCCUAAUGGCUAUGGAAGUGAAAAGUGCUGGAUGAAAAUAGAUAAAGGCUUCAUUUCAAGAUUUCUGGGACCCGUUUGCAUGAUACUAAUGUCAAACAUGAUUCUCUUCAUCAAAAUCAUCAUCAGUUUAAACUCAACUCUCAAAAAUCGCAAUGCUGAAGUCUCACAGAUGAAACAAACCAAGAUUUUGGUGUUUAAAACACUGGGUCAGUUUGUGGUUCUUGGUUGCUCCUGGAUUCUGGGUUUCUUCACUAAUUGCAGUAAGGUGUUGGAGAUCCUCUUCGUAAUCUUGAACUCCCAGCAGGGAACCUUCAUCUUCCUGAUCUACUGUGUCCUCAAUAAUAAGGUCAGGCAGCAGUACAGGAAGUUCUUCAGAUAUCUUUGCAGUUUCAAACAACAGGACUACAGCAUAAUGUUCAAGAAGUAAAAAAGUACUGCUGUUAAUGUAUGUUUCUAUUAAAAUACAAAGCAUAAUUAAUGUUUUUGAAUGGUAGUCUCACCUCUUUUUUGUUAAUGUUAUAUUAAAUAAAUAUAUUAUUAGUGUACUUAUAGUAGAGCUGACUACUAAAUGGCAAAAAAAGAGGGCAACCUUUUCACCUUGAAAAAUCUUACUAAAUACAUUUUGUUUUCUUAAAAUAAAAGCUUUGUUUACUUUAUAUAAACCUAAUAUUAAUUAUUGAAUAAAUGCUUUAAAAAAUGCCCAUGCUCAUAUGACUUUAA